AUGGAAUACAUUUAUCAUUUUACAAAUAUUAUUCGAAAUACAACACAAAAUUUAUCGUAUAAAGUAUCUGGUGUACUUCAACGUAAUAAUCCAAAUACUCAAUCAGACUAUGCCGAAUUAAUUGAAGACGAUGAUGCAACACAACGUCGACAUAUCAAAACAAUUCCAGCAACAUCAUCAAAAUAUGCGUCAUAUAUUCCAUCUCGUCUGCGAUGCAUUGAUUCUAUUAAAGCAAUGCCUGUCCGAUAUCAAACAGCAUUCCUUAGUUCAUUAGGAUUUCUUAUAUCUUUUGGUAUUCGUUGUAAUAUGGGCGUUAGUGUUGUCGCUAUGACACACAAUGAAACAGAAAAACUUUCAAAUGGAACGAUUAAAAUUGUUAAACAAGCUGAAUUUGAUUGGACACCAGGGAUCAUUGGUAUUGUUGAUAGUUCUUUCUUUUGGGGUUAUCUUAUUACACAAGUACCAGGUGGAUAUUUAGCAGCAAAAUUUCCAGCUAACCAUGUAUUUGGAUUUGCACUUGGUAUAUCAUCAUUCCUCAAUUUAUUUAUUCCGUUUGCAGCUAAAAUUCAUUAUGGUAUAGUAAUGAUUCUUCGCAUACUCCAAGGACUUGUUGAAGGUGUGACUUAUCCGGCAGCACAUGGAAUUUGGCGAUGGUGGGCACCACCUUUAGAACGAAGCACAUUGGCAACAAUAUCAUUCACUGGAUCAUAUGCAGGUGCUGUUCUUGGAAUUCCACUCUCUGGAAUACUUACGGAAUAUUUUAAUUGGCAAAUUGCUUUUUAUUUUUACGGUUUGAUUGGAAUGAUUUGGUCUGUUUAUUGGUGGCAUUUCUCAUAUGAACGACCAGCUAUUCAUCCAAAAAUUAGCGAAGCUGAACGAAUUUAUAUUGAAGAAAGCAUCGGAGAAGCUAGUUCUAUUGCGAAUAAGACAUGGAUAAAACCUCCUUGGCGCUGUUUUUUUACAUCAAAACCAGUGUGGGCAAUAAUCGUGGCUAAUUUUUGUCGUUCAUGGUCAUUUUAUUUAUUAAUAAAUUCUCAAGCCGAGUACUUUCGAGAAGCACUUGAUUACAAUGUUGGAAAGAAUCCACUUUUGGCUGCUUUACCUCAUCUAACAAUGUCAUGUAUUGUGCCAUUUGCUGGUAAAUUAGCUGAUUAUUUACGUACAAAUUAUCUAUCAACAACAACUGUUCGCAAAAUAAUGAAUUGUGGUGGUUUUGGACUAGAAGCUGUUUUUCUUUUACUUGUGGCUUAUGCAAAAAAUCCUCGAUUAGCUAUUGGAGCAUUGACGAUCGCUGUGGGAUUCAGCGGCUUUGCAAUAUCAGGAUUUAAUGUAAAUCAUCUUGAUAUAGCUCCACGUUAUGCAAGUAUUCUUAUGGGAAUUUCAAAUGGAGUGGGGACAUUGGCCGGUAUGCUAUGUCCAGUUGCCGUUGAAUUUUUAACUAAACAAGGGAAACGUGAGGAAUGGGCACAUGUAUUUCUAAUUGCUUCAUUAAUACAUUUUUGUGGAGUCAUAUUUUAUGGUUUAUUUGCAUCCGGUGAAAAACAACCAUGGGCAGAACCAACACCCGCCAACAAUAUAACAUCGGAUGAGCCGUAUAAGCAUGGCGAUGAACAAAAUGUCACAUACGGAUCAACAGUCACAGAUGGUAGUGGUUAUCAAUCAACUGAUCCAUUUGCUGGUAUGGCGAAUGGAAAUUAUACAAAUUUGCCAGGUCGAAUGAAUCAGCAAACACAGUUCGUUCCAAUUACAAUUGAAAAUCCGAUGUAUCAAAAUUAUCGUUAG